AAAUUAAACUAAUGGUCAAACCAGUUUAUGAAUUUUUCAUUCGAAAUGUGACAGAGAUUGCCAAAGAACCAAACAUGUUAGAUCAAAUUAUGUAGGCAAUCAUAAUGUCAACUGCCAAAAGGUUAGUUUUAUCUCUCACUGGUCGAAAAGAUUCUCAUCAUAACUCAGGAGCCUCCUCUACACGUCUCGUUGGCAACAGCAUCUCACCGGGACACGAACUUGAUGAAAUUGCUAUUGUUCCAAUAGAAAGAACCGAAGCUUGUGGUCGUAUAUCCUAUGGAAGUUUAUCUUUAAACGGCCCCCAUUACUUACCCGAAAUCGUUAAUUCCAAACUCGGAAUGCCUAGAUCACAAAUUGGUCAGAGUAUAAGCCAACAAGGUUUUUUCUCCUCGCGUGACAGCUUAUCAGUACCUUGUGUGUCACAACCACUCCACUCAUACUCAGCAACAGCAUCGGACAUCGAUUUAUCAAGAAAAACUGAUGGAAAAAAUAGUAGUAAAUUAAAAGCUGCUGAACAGCCACUGUUAGGGUCGUGGAAUCCUACAGCUGUUGUACCACGUGAAUCUCAAGUGAAUCCUACAGUUUCCUCCCUUUCAACAAAUCACCUUACCAGCAACAACAGCAAUGGUGCUAGUAAUAAUAACCCAGAAAGACAAAUUCGUCAAUCAGUAUGUGCAAGUACACCUCAUCGUAAGCCGUCUUCAAAGUGGACAUUUGUAUUCGACCCAGCUGGACGGCUUUGUUACUAUUGGUCUAUGGUUGUAUCACUUGCAUUUUUAUACAAUUUUUGGGUCAUCAUAUAUCGUUUUGCAUUUCAAGAAAUCAAUAGUGAAACACUCCUUGUGUGGUUUUGGUUUGACUACUUUACAGAUUUUUUAUACUUAAUUGAUAUAUUGUUCCACUUCCGGACAGGAUACCUUGAAGACGGUGUCCUUCAAACUGACUCAACUAAAUUAAGACAACAUUAUAUGAAUUCAACAACUUUCUACAUCGAUUGUCUGUGCUUAUUGCCGUUAGAUUUUUUAUAUUUGAGUAUCGGUUUUAACUCGAUUUUAAGAUCAUUUCGUCUCGUUAAGAUCUAUCGUUUUUGGGCAUUCAUGGAUCGUACAGAACGUCACACAAAUUACCCGAAUCUUUUUAGAUCAAUCUCGCUAAUACACUAUCUAUUAGUUAUAUUCCAUUGGAAUGGGUGUUUGUAUCAUAUAAUAUAUAAAAAUAAUGGUUUUGGAUCGAAAAAUUGGGUCUACAAUGAUUCUGAAUCUUCUGAUGUUGUCAAGCAAUAUCUCCAAAGCUAUUAUUGGUGUACAUUAGCGCUAACAACAAUUGGUGAUCUACCACGACCACGAUCUAAAGCCGAAUAUGUUUAUGUAAUAUGUCAAUUACUGUUUGGACUUAUGCUAUUCGCUACUGUUUUAGGACAUGUAGCAAAUAUUGUCACAUCUGUUAGUACAGCUAGAAAAGAAUUUCAAGCUAAGUUAGAUGGUGUUAAAACAUAUAUGAGGAUGCGUCGUGUACCAAACCACCUACAAGUUAAAGUAAUAAAAUGGUUUGACUACCUUUGGCUCACACAGAAAUGUUCUGAUGAAGAGAGAGCAGUGUCUUGUCUUCCUGAUAAACUCAAGGCUGAAAUAGCUAUAAACGUUCAUUUAGACACACUCAAAAGAGUUGAGAUUUUUCAAAAUACGGAGGCAGGUUUCCUUUGUGAGCUUGUUUUGCGAUUAAGACCAGUUCUGUUUUCACCUGGAGAUUAUAUUUGUAGAAAAGGUGAAGUGGGAAAAGAAAUGUAUAUUGUUAAUCGAGGACGUCUUCAAGUUGUUGCCGAUAAUGGAAAAACUGUUAUGGCUUCACUUAAAGCUGGCUCAUAUUUUGGCGAGAUCAGUAUAUUAAAUAUGGGAACAGCAGGUAAAGCUCUUGGUAAAUAUCGCAGCCAAGCAAAUCAUCAACAAGAAAGCAUCUCACAAGCUUUAGUUAAUUUUUGUAAUCGUCGAACAGCUAGUGUACGUUCUGUUGGCUACAGUGAUUUGUUCGUUUUGAGUAAAAAAGAUAUGUGGGAUGUUUUGAAGGAAUACCCUGCAGCAAGAGUUAGACUGGAAGCAAUUGCAGUGAAACGACUUGAAAAAUACAAGAAAGCUCCACUUGAAAAAGUUGCUAUGGGACGCUGCCAAUCAACUCCAGGUCUUGUAGAAUCUAAAGAUCGAACAACAGUAGAGGAAAUGUGGAUAUCUCCUCAGCCCCUUUCAUCAAUUGCUCCAUCUUACAUUACUCAUCCAACUCCAAGACGUGAAAGCAAUAUCGAUCGUACAAGAAUAACCGACUCUCAAGGAUCAUUGAGUCCAUCAGCACACAGUUCAGAUGAUCGUUCUCGUAGUAGGAUAACUUCAACUAUUUCACGACCUCAUUCAACUAAAAAUGCUGGUUCUUUAAAUCAUCUUGAGUCUGGCGCUACACCCUUGCUAGGAUCUCAUGAAGCAUUAGAGGGAGAAAUUAAAAGGCUAAGAGAGCGUCUCCACACAGUUGAGUCUGAAAAUUUUUCACUUAACGCCAAACUAGCACAACAGCAGUGGGAGGUAGAACAUCGUUUAGCUGAGAUUGAAAUGCAGAUUUGCGGAGCAUCUUCUGGUGGAUCGGUUUCAAGCCAGGAGAAUGAUAAUGAAGAUACGGAACGCAAUCGUGAAAGUAUCAUAUAACACUCUGAAGACGAAUGCAAAAAUAAGACAUUAGGCGUUCAAUUAAAUUUCAAUCUCAUAAUUGUGUGACUCUUACUGAUAUAAAUAAAACUUUUCAUCCCUAAAGGAAAGGUACCAAAGCCAUAAAUGAAAUUGCCAAUUCUAUUUAUUCAAAGUUAUGCUUUAUAUAACUAGAUACAUUUUUAAUGAUAGAAAAAAGCUUUAUGUUGAUUAUGUUUAUUAUUACUGAUUUAAAGCAGUAAAGAAACAAUCAAUGCUCUAAGUUUUAUAUUCAUAAUUUUCACUUUCUCAAGUAAUAGAAUUCAGGUGUUUUUACUGUGUUUAUGAUUGAAAUUAGUUAAAAGUUAAAUAAAAAUAUGAAUUUUAAAG